AUGGCACCGUCGGCAACUGCUACCACCACCGGCCCAUCUCCCGCAACAACGGGAACAACUGCUCCUGCGACGACCACAACUGGUGGAACUACAGAUAUCUAUGGCACUGGUUUUUUUCAUUUAAACCCCGGUGUAGUUCCAGAGAAGACCUGUGACAAAGGGCAGAAAUGGAAGACGUACAUGGAAAAGACAUUAGAAUCGGGAGCAGAGGGCAUGGCGAAUGAAUUCCGCACGAUUCGAGGAUUUCUACCACCUAUGGCCACGCGAAUCGCUUUUGAUGCAAACCCAGAGAAGAAUCGAUUCGAAGACAUUAUAUGCAUUGACCAGACACGAGUUCGACUGGGCGGUGGUUCCUACAUACAUGCCAGUUGGGUGAAUAUCACGGCCACUAGAAAGGCUAUUCUCACCCAGCUUCCAAAUCGGGAAAGUGGAGCUGAGUUCUGGCAAAUGGUGCUCGACGUCGAUGCGCAGGCGAUUCUGCUCUUGCUCACACAUGCCGAAUUCAACAUGUUUCAUGCGAAUGGAGUAUUCCCAGCGGAGCAGUAA